GGGCGCUGUUGAUUGAGCAUAAAAGAUGGCGACGAAUUCAAGCUGGAGCAGCAAUCAUUCGGUGGAAAUGGAUGGCGAAUCGGGUAGCGACGCCUCAAAAAAGAAAUGGGUAAAGCUUAAUGUCGGGGGACAGAUUUUUCUAACGACAAGGACAACGUUAUGUAGAGAUCCAAAGUCUUUCCUAUGCAGACUGUGUCAAGAAGACCCCGAUUUAAAUUCGGACAAGGAUGAAAAUGGUGCUUACUUGAUUGACAGAGACCCUAUUUAUUUUGGUCCCGUUCUCAAUUAUCUACGGCAUGGUAAACUUGUCAUUAAUAAAGACGUGGCAGAAGAAGGUGUUCUUGAAGAAGCAGAGUUCUAUAAUAUUACAGCCCUUAUUAAGUUAGUAAAAGAGAAAAUACGAGAAAGGAAUGCAACAUCUUCUCAGGUACAUGCACCAAGAAAACAUGUUUAUAGAGUCCUGCAAUGUCAAGAAGAAGAAGUGACCCAAAUGGUAUCAACGAUGUCAGACGGCUGGAGAUUUGAACAGCUCAUAAACAUAGGGUCAUCAUAUAAUUAUGGCAAUGAAGACCAAUCUGAGUUCCUGUGCGUGGUAUCAAGAGAACUCAGCAAUACUGUCAAUGGGACAGAGGCGGAACCCACAGACAGAGCAAAGGUUUUGCAGCAGAAAGGCUCAAGAAUGAGAGAACUUCGAAUGUAGGCACCCCUCCUCUCUCUUUUUCUCCCUCUCUUGUUUACAGUGGUGCAUUUUAAGGGCAUUUCGUUGCCAGGUGAAAUUCAGGACUUUGCCUAUCUUUGCUGAAUGUUCAAACUUCCCAUGAUGCAAUAGUGGACAUGACUGAAAAUACACCAAUCGGUUCCUCCAAAACAUCCUCAUUCAUACAUUUGAAUAGUUGUAGGUACAAGCUGUGCAUUUAGUGCAAGUUUCAUAUGGUAGGCUGAUUAUGAAACAACUAAUCCUAAAUUGGUUGACAUUCUAGGCAGACGUGGCAAAUAUGGUAAACUUAUUUCGGCAGACAUGGCAAAUAUGGUAAACUUAUUUCGGCAGACAUGGCAAAUAUGGUAAGCUAGUCUCGGCAGACAUGGCAAAUAUGGUAAGCUAGUCUCGGCAGACAUGGCAAAUAUGGUAAGCUAGUCUCGGCAGACAUGGCAAAUAUGGUAAGCUAGUCUCGGCAGACAUGGCAAAUGUGGUAAGCUAGUCUCGGCAGACAUGGCAAAUGUGGUAAGCUAGUCUCGGCAGACAUGGCAAAUGUGGUAAGCUAGUCUCGGCAGACAUGGCAAAUGUGGUAAACUAGUCUUGGCAGACAUGGCAAACUUAUUUCGGCAGACAUGGCAAAUAUGGUAAGCUAGUCUCGGCAGACAUGGCAAAUAUGGUAAGCUAGUCUCGGCAGACAUGGCAAAUAUGGUAAGCUAGUCUCGGCAGACAUGGCAAAUAUGGUAAACUUAUUUCGGCAUACAUGGCAAAUAUGGUAAACUAGUCUCGGCAGACAUGGCAAAUAUGGUAAACUAGUCUCGGCAGACAUGGCAAAUAUGGUAAACUAGUCUCGGCAGACAUGGCAAAUAUGGUAAACUUAUUUCGGCAGACAUGGCAAAUAUGGUAAGCUAGUCUCGGCAGACAUGGCAAAUAUGGUAAACUAGUCCCGGCAGACAUGGCAAAUAUGGUAAACUUAUUUCGGCAGACAUGGCAAAUAUGGUAAACUUAUUUCGGCAGACAUGGCAAAUAUGGUAAACUUGUUUAGGCAUCAUUCUAAGCAGACAUGGCAGAUGUAGUAAACACGAGUGCUUAUCAACAUGUGUGACUUGAUAUCAAUGGCGACUGCAUUCUGCAUUGCAUCAUGGGAAAAGGUUUGUAAAAAUGCAUAAAUUCCUAAGCAGGAUUAAUUUUUAACUUGAGAAUGUUAUUUUUUUUAUAGAG